UGAAAGUGCUUCUUGCACUACCUGAUCUUCCUGCAGAGCCUGUGUCAUGCGUGUUUUUUUCCCCACUAGAAGAUGAAUGACUGGGCCCCCAUAGCGAAGGAGUAUGACCCCCUCAAAGCUGGGAGCAUUGAUGGCACCGACGAAGAGCCCCAUGACCGUGCCAUAUGGAGGGCUAUGCUGGCACGCUACGUACCCAACAAGGGAGUCACGGGGGAUCCUCACCUCACCCUGUUUGUAGCAAGGCUCAAUCUUCAGACAACAGAAGAGAAAUUAAAGGAGGUCUUUUCCCGGUACGGAGACAUCAGAAAGAUCCGUCUGGUUCGAGACCUGGUCACAGGAUUUUCCAAGGGUUAUGCAUUUAUUGAGUACAAGGAGGAGCGUGCUCUCUUGAAGGCCCACAGAGAUGCCAACAGGCUGGUUAUUGAUCAACAUGAGAUCUUUGUUGACUUUGAACUGGAAAGAACUCUCAAAGGAUGGAUUCCUCGGAGGCUUGGAGGUGGUUUUGGAGGCAAAAAAGAAUCUGGACAGCUACGGUUUGGAGGACGGGACAGACCUUUCCGAAAGCCUAUCAAUUUGCCAAGCAUGAAAAAUGAUUUCUAUGGAGAAGGAUCAGCAGAGAAAAGAAACUGGUCUCGUGAGGGAACGAGGGACUGGAGAACAAGGGACCGAGAGCAUGAAAGGAGCAGAGACAAGCGAUGGCCAGAAAGGGAGCGGUCGUGGACUUGGGGUGAAGGUGAGAGAGAGAGGGACUCCAAAGAAGAGAGGAGCAGGGGGAGGGAGAGGAAGGAGCGAGACAGGAAGGACAGGGAUAGAGACCGGAGCAGGGAAAGGGAUACCAAGAAACAGAGAGAUGAUGACAAGCAUCGAUAGG